UGAUGAAACCGAAGGGUUCACAACCUGCGACAAAACAGUCACAAACCGCUUGAGUGGUCAGAUUCGUCAUUUCUCCAAUCCAUCGGCUUCUUACCGCGUCAUAUAAAAUUGCUAUAUUAUAAUUAUCAUAUAAAAAGACUUCAAAAAUUUCUCGUAUCCGUUAAAAUCGACUGACAGGUGCCAGAUGGACGCGCAUGGAAAAACAACACCCUUCAGUAACAUAAUAAAUGAGCAGCUUUCAAAUUCACACGACUUCAACAUGUAUAUUACGUAUUACAAUUAUAUUAUAUUACGAUAGUAUUGAAUACACUUGGUGUAUCCAAGUAAUUUUUAGGAAGACCAUUGAGUUGCAAUAAUUUUUCUGGAACAGGAUCGCGUUAUAAGUGAAACUGUACGUAUAUUACAUUUUUUAAAUUUAUAAUUAAUCUAUGCUUUUUCAAAUUUGUGUGUAUUAUACUCUGUACUAUUAUAUUAUUUCAUUCAUUGUUAAAAGAAAUAUUCGUCUUUUUUUAAAUUUAAUUCUCUGUAAUAAAUAAAAGAGUGUAACAAUUACCCUCUUCAUCUUCCAUGAAACGAUACAAGAUAAUCACGAUCGUUACGUUGUCUCCGUUAUUCGAACGAAGAUAACCAAGAGGAAAAAGAAGAGCACGAUAGAGGACCUUCAACAUGUCAGAAUGACGUUAGAAAGGUACAGAACAGGUGCGCUGAAGCGAGAUGUGUAUGGCGUAGAGGCGAUGCCCGCAUGGUUGAAACGUAUAUCCAACAAGUACCCGUUGGUCACGGCUGGCCGGUCGGGGUUCCGGGCUGACUUCCGGACGAGUCUGCACCGCUACGGUUUCUUUUUAGCCAGGAACGCAUGGUAUCAGUUGUGUUCACGUACAGUUAGACGGUGUUACCUCGCAGCAAACGCCUCUUCUUCUGCUCCUUCGUGCAUAUCGCCGCGGAUUCGUUCGUAUACAUUCCUUUAAAUGACGUGACGGAAAAACGGAGAAGAAAGAACGAUGGAUUUCUCUAGACGGGACGACAGAACCUGCCGUUCCGAUGAUUCUAACGGUGAAAUCUUUAAGAAUGUUCCGAGGAACAGCAGUACAUUUCGCAUUUGGAAAAUCGAGGGUUUACGAGUUACAGCCGUUACAGGAAGUAAUAUGGGACAUUUCCUCUCAGAGUUGGCAUACAUUAUCUACGCGGUGUCACCGAAAGACGGUCCACUACCUUACCCUGGAAUGCCGGUUAAGGAGAUAAAAUCGACUGCGAUAGUUCGUGUAAUUCAUUUCUGGAUUGGAUCUGCUUGCGAUUCAACAAUCUCUGGGGCAGCAGCCCUUCGAGCGGCCGAAUUAGAUUCCCAAAUAUCUGCCACGAUACUAUCAAGGGAGGCCCAAGGACGAGAAAGUCCUAGAUUUUUAGCCUAUUUCCGCCAGCAUCUUGUUAUUGAAAAUUUCCACUUUGAAACACCAUCAUGCAAAUUGCAUAGAGUAACUGGCGUAGCGAUCCCUGUCUUGACAGAACUUGAAAAAGUUCAUUGGGAUCAUUUCAGUUCACGGGACGUUAUUCUUGUGGACGUUCUAUCACAGGCUAUCGUAUUCCUUUGGUUGGGAUCGUCAGCAGAUCCAUUGCACAAACGACACGCUGCCAGUAUCUUGGAAGUGAGAAAAGAAAAUAACAAUGGUCGUAUUAUCAUCAUCGAUGAUGGUUACGAACAAACACUACCGGAGGAAGAUAGACAACUGUUCGCCAGUAUUUUAAAUCCUUCCACAAGAGUGGUCAAGCCGGAUCGCCUUUACCGAGUCAAUAUGCCAAGCCCAGUCAAACUGUAUAGAUGUAACGAACAAUCCGGUAAAUAUAAGGUCGCUGAACUGAAAUCUGGACCAAUUCUCCGAGCUGAUCUCACAUCCGAAGCCGUUUACUUAAUCGACCGUGGUGAAGCUGGUGUUUGGGCUUGGGUCGGACGUAAUGUGAAUGCCCGAGAAAAAUUGGAAGCGAUUCGUAACGCACGAGGAUUUGUAAAAAAGAAAAAUUAUAGUAAUGGUGUAUUAGUGGAAAGAGCGCUGGAAGCUUGUGAACCAACGGAGAUGAAGGCUCUUAUUAGAGGGUGGGAACCGGCGAAGACAAGACCGCUUACUCUACCACCGAAUUUUGAUCCCGACUAUAUGAAUGAAAGACCUAAAAUGGCUACUGGGUGCCAACUAGUUGACGAUGGAUCCGGUCAAAGAACUCUUUGGAGAGUAACCCAUAAAGAAGGAAUGAUUCAAGUGGAUGACAAAGGAAUAUAUUACGCAGAAGCUUGUUACGUAAUGUGCUACAAAUAUGGACAAGGACGUAGGAGUAGAACAAUCAUUUAUUGUUGGGAAGGAGUUCAUUCUAUAAACGCGGAUCGAGAAGCCGCUUUAGAAGCAGCUUGUCAUUUGUCAGAAGAUACUUCUGGUCAGUUAGUAAAAGCAUCUCAAGGCAGAGAACCGCCUCAUUUGUUGCAGAUUUACGAUGGAAAAUUGAAAAUAUUAGCUGGAAGGCAUCGCGAUUCUCCUCCGGAAAAGUAUCUCGUUAGAGUUUUCGGAUCUACUCCAUACACGUCGAAAGCAGUUGAACGGCCUUUGAGAUCAUCCAGCAGCCUCGAUUCUAGUGGAGUUUUUAUUCUAUUUUCUAAUUCACCUGUAGUAUGGUGUGGUGGAAGAAGUACUGGUGACGCUAGACAAGCAUCUAGACGACUUGCGCCCAGAAAUGCACCUUUGAUAACUGAAAAUAACGAAGAUGACGAUUUUUGGAGAGAACUCGGAGGUAAAGGUACUUACGGUACAGAAGUUAUUGACGACGGAGAAGAACUUGAAAAACAUCUAUACCAAUGCUUGACGGACAAUGAAAUGUUUGUUGGCGAAGAAGUUCUUGGAUUUGGUCAAAACAGUCUCCUACCAGAAGCUAUUUGGUUGUUAGACGCGGGAAAUGUGAUAUGGAUCUGGAUUGGAAAGUCUUCUAUUCCUAAAUCGUUGAAGGAGUGUGUACAUGAUGCAAUGAUAUUUUUAUUCACUCACCCAGCUGGUCGAGAUCGAAACACAACGAUUUCUAUAAUUAAACAGGGUAUGGAACCUUCAACGUUCAUUGGAUUAUUCGAUAAUUGGAAUUACAAUUUACUGAGAGAAUACAAAUCGUUUGAAACAUUUUGCACACUUCUACAAGAUAAAGAAUUUCUACCGAAAAUACAAACGUUAUCGAAAUCAUUGAGUGACUUCGAUAAUUAUGUAAAGUAUCCUCUUUCUGUCUUAAAAGGUGAUCCGGAAAAUUUACCAUCCGGUGUUGACGUUGUCCGUAAAGAAAUGCAUCUUACUUUCGAUAAUUUCAUUGCGAUUUUUAAAAUGGAACCAGACGAAUUUGUAAAACUUCCUGCUUGGAAAAGACAAAGACUAAAACAAUCGGCGGGACUUUUUUAAAACAUUGUGCUUUAAUAAUACUAUUUUGUACCAUAGUGAUUACAGUACUAAAAUAAAAUAAAAUCAUGUUAUAUAUUUAUAUUUUAAUGUUUGGGAUUAAAUUUAUUAAUUGGAAAGAAUAUUGAAUUUUAUAAAUUUAAGCGUUAUGAGAGAGAGAUUAAGGCUUUAUUUAUUACAAAUUCACAUAUAUAUCCAAAUGUAAAGUAAAACUGUUUGAUACAUUUUAUGAUGAAGUAUCCAUUGGCUCUGUAUUAAGCCUAUGCACAGUUUCCCCUUCAA